UCCUCUCUUCAUCGUUGGUUCAUCAAUCACCAAAUUAAAAAUGGAUUAAAAAGUGCUUUCUCGGUUUUCCUGAAAGAAGAACCUUUGUGACUUUGUCCAUUUCUCCUCUGCCAAAAAUCGUUUCAAAAUUGAACAAGAAAAGAAAGAAGCUUCUCUUGCCAACAAGUUAUUCCACUCCCUUGAUGAAUCUUCUUGUUCUCUUCCUGCCUGUUUGGGUGCUAAGCAUUUCUUUUUCCUCACCAAUUCUUCAUGCUGCUUCCUCCAUUUCUCUUUCUCAAAAUGCACAAGCUGAAUCUCCAGGAAUUCAGGAGGUUAGAACAGUGCACCACCAGAAUUUGAAUAAGAGAAUUCUAAUCGCACUAGUUGCUUGUUCUGCUCUUCUUGUUGGAGUCUUCCUAUUCCUGUUAUAUGUCUGGUUCGGUCGACAUAAAAACUUAAGAUGCUCCAAAAGUAAAAGCCAAGAAACCAUCGAGGCUGCAAAAGGGGAAACCAUAAGCUCGGUUAAUGCUAAACUUAACUACUCUAAGAUGGCAGAUAAAAAGAGUUCAGUUGCUAUUUUUGACUAUCAGCUGUUAGAGGCUGCAACAAACAGCUUUAACACAAGUAAUAUUAUGGGAGAGAGUGGUUCUAGAAUUGUUUACAGAGCUCAUUUUGAUGAACAUUUCCAGGCAGCUGUUAAGAAAGCAGAUAGUGACGCUGAUAGAGAAUUUGAGAAUGAAGUGAGUUGGUUGAGCAAGAUACAGCAUCAGAAUAUCAUAAAAAUGAUGGGUUAUUGCAUUCAUGGUGAAUCGAGGUUUCUUGUUUAUGAAUUGAUGGAGAAUGGAUCUCUGGAAACUCAAUUACAUGGGCCUAAUCGGGGGUCAUCUUUAACUUGGCCUCUAAGGUUAAGAAUUGCUGUUGAUGUUGCCAGAGCACUAGAAUAUCUCCACGAGCACAACAAUCCUCCUGUGGUUCAUAGAGACCUAAAAUCGUCUAAUGUUUUUCUGGAUUCUAACUUUAAUGCCAAGUUAUCAGAUUUUGGAUUUGCUAUGGUUUUGGGAAUGCAACACAAGAACAUGAAGAUGUCAGGAACUUUAGGAUAUUUGGCUCCUGAGUACAUAUCGCAUGGUAAACUAACUGAUAAGAGCGAUGUCUAUGCUUUUGGGGUUGUCCUUCUAGAGCUCCUAACCGGAAAAAAACCCAUGGAAAACAUGACCUCGAACCAAUAUCAAUCCCUUGUAUCAUGGGCCAUGCCUCAGCUAACCGACAGAUCAAAGCUUCCAAGUAUUCUGGAUCCUGUUAUCAGAGACACAAUGGAUUUGAAGCAUUUGUAUCAGGUUGCUGCAGUGGCUGUACUCUGUGUGCAAUCAGAACCAAGUUAUAGGCCACUAAUAACUGAUGUGUUGCACUCUCUUAUCCCUUUGGUACCAGUUGAGCUUGGAGGGUCACUAAGAGUUACAGAACCAAUCAGCUCAUAGAACUCUCAUUGAUAUUGAAAAGUUGUGUUUUCAUUUUUCAACUAUGGUAUUUGUUCACUUUAUUAACAUUUUGUUAUUGUAAUUAUUAUCCAAUUGUAAUUAUUCAUGAUUGUGAUUUGGUUCUUCUUUUUAGUCGUAAAUCAUGGUGAUAUUACCAUCUUUACAAGUUAUGAGGACACUCUUAGAUUAAUUUGGUGGCUGUCUAGCUGAAA